CACCUUCUCACUCCAUUUCCCUCUUCCACCGUUUUCUCUCAACUCCUCCCAGCUGCAAGCAACUGCCAAAUCCAUUCCAUUCAAACCCUCGAGACUCGGGAUCGUCGCGCUUUGACUCACCGAGUUGCUUUUCAGCUUCUCUUCCCAUUGCACAAGUAACUCCAAAAGAACAACCUUGAACUGAGGAACAUAGCAGUGAAGGAAAUCUGUGUAUAAAAAGAUAAGGGAUCUUGUCUUUCGCACUGCAUUUGAAGUGAAUAAACAAACACAAUGGAUAGAAGAAGGUUUACCUAUAAAGUGCUGGUGGCUUUGUUGCCCUUUUUGCUCUGCUCCUUGAAUUGUGUCAAUGCUUCAUCAUCAUCAGACCCAGCACAACUCCAUGACCAUGUGGAGCAACACAAGAGGAAUCUUCUUGCUAAUGGCCUUGCUAGAACUCCUCCAAUGGGGUGGAACAGUUGGAAUCAUUUUAGCUGUCAAAUUAACGAAAAAAUCACCAGGGAAACUGGUAUUUGGCCCUUUGUGUGUGUGCUGGGUGAAUUUUCUGAUGCCCUUGUUUCUACUGGUCUUUCUAAGCUUGGAUACACAUAUGUCAAUAUAGAUGAUUGUUGGGCUGAAUUAAACCGGGAUGCUCAUGGUAAUCUGGUAGCAAAAAAAUCAACAUUUCCUUCUGGAAUCAAAGCUCUUGCAGAUUAUGUUCACAGCAAAGGUCUUAAACUUGGAAUUUAUUCAGAUGCUGGGUAUUUUACUUGUAGCAAACAGAUGCCUGGUUCUCUUGGUCAUGAGUUUCAAGAUGCCAAGACUUUUGCGUCAUGGGGUAUUGAUUAUUUGAAGUAUGAUAACUGUAACAAUGAUGAAUCAAAACCAACUGAUAGAUACCCUGUUAUGACUCGGGCUUUAUCAAUGGCUGGUCGUCCAAUCUUCUUCUCACUAUGUGAAUGGGGAGACUUGCACCCUGCUUUAUGGGGUGCUAAAGUGGGAAACAGCUGGAGAACUACCAAUGACAUUAAUGAUUCAUGGGAAAGCAUGAUUUCAAAGGCAGACAUGAAUGAAGUUUAUGCUGAAUAUGCAAGACCUGGUGGUUGGAAUGAUCCUGACAUGCUUGAGGUGGGAAAUGGAGGGAUGACAAAAAAUGAAUAUAUUGUUCACUUCAGUUUAUGGGCCCUUUCCAAGGCUCCUCUUCUUCUUGGCUGUGAUGUUAGAAAUAUGACCAAAGACACUGUUGACAUUGUAACAAAUAAGGAAGUUAUUGCAGUUAACCAAGAUUCACUUGGUGUGCAAGGUAAGAAGGUUAGGAUGGAAGGUGAUAUUGAGAUUUGGGCAGGUCCUCUUUCAAGGUACAGGGUGGCUGUUGUCUUGCUAAAUCGUGGCCCUUGGAAUAUUUCCAUUACAGCAUAUUGGGAUGAUAUUGGUAUUCCAUCAAAAAGUGCUGUUGAAGCAAGAGACCUUUGGGAGCACAAGACACUGGUGGGACGCUUUAAGGAAAAAUUGACUGCCCAAGUUGAGCCACAGGCGUGUAAAAUGUACGUGCUGAAUCCAGUUGCUUGAGUUCUGAAACAGAUUUUGGUAUUGCAGCUUGUGGUGUCUGUCAAUAUUGUUUUUCUUACUGAGUUUCACUUCAAUAAACAUUUUCUUGUGCUUCUGUUCAUAGAAGCUUGCUACGUUGCUUAGUGUACAAAGCUGCUCAAUGGAAGCAGUCACUCAGAUGAUAAUAAAACUGUUGACAUGCAGAAUCA